AUGGCAACAGCGACCCGGCCAUUGCGAGUGCUCGCCCGCGCACUGCACACGUCGCGCCUCGUCGCCGAGGAGGCCGCGGCCCCCAGCGCCGUGCCCCGGGCCGGCAAGGCGACGGCCGCGGAUCUCGGCUUCUCGGGACAAAAGCGCGAGCGCAAGCUCCCGUCGCUCAGCGUGCCCCAGUCGGCGCGCGGCAACAUCGGCGGUGCUACCGCUUCGGCCGGCUCUGAGGGCCCUCGUGGCCAGCCCCGGGGAGACAGGCCCCGCGGAGACGGCGCGCCUCGCCAGCGUCGCGAGCAGGGCGACCGUCCUCCUCGUCAGCAGGGAGACCGCCCUCCUCGUGCGCAGGGCGACCGCCCUCCUCGUCAGGCUCGUGAGCAGGGUGACCGUCCUCCGCGCCGCGCGGGUGGUGACCGCCGUCCGCGCGAGCAGAAUGCCUCUGGUGACCGCGCGCCCCGCGAUAGCACCACCCCAGCGUACCGCCCUCGCGAGGGCCGGGCACCCGAGGCGCGCAGGCCGAAGCACGCGUCGGCGGACGAGAUCCCGCUCGAGUUCUUUGAGGGCGCCGAGCUCGCGCAGACUGAGCGCCGCGCACCGCGGGCUCGCAGCGACCGCCCGGCGGCGCGCAACGACCGCGGUCCCAGGCGCGACGGCCGUGACGGUCGCAACGGUCGCGACGGUCGUGACCGCAAGCCGUUCGUCAAGGCCGGCAGCGUGGCCCCGUCGCCCCCGGCGGCGCCUUUCCAGCUGCCCAUCGUGAAGCGCGAGACGACGACCGUCGCCCUCUUCGGCAAGAGCAGCGUGCUGGACCGCGUGCCCCCCGGCGCGCGCGACCCCGCGUCGAGCUUCUGGGCCACUGGGAUGAAGCCCGCGCAGGCCUACCAGGCCGACCUGCUCCGCCGCGCGGGCGACUACAGCACGCGCGUCGCGCCGCAGCCCAAGGCGUUUGGUGGCGUCAAGAACGCGGCCGCGACGGCGACGUGGAUGCUGAGCCUCAACCCGAGCGUCAGCCAGCGCCGGGCCGCCGAGGCCGCCGAGGUGGUCGCCAAGCUCACAAAGUAGUUGGUGGCAUUCAGUUGUGGCAAUCACGCAGUAGUAGUGUUAUGGCAUGGAUGCAUGGGUUACCGGAG